GCGAGAGAGGGCAACCACGCAAGCAUGGGCAUGGAGUUUGCCACCGGAGCGAUGGGCGCCCUCCUACCCAAGCUGGGCAUGCUGCUCCAGGAGGAGUAUCACCUGAAGAAGCGUGUGAAGCAGGGGAUCGAGGACCUCAAGGCCGAGCUUGAAAGCAUGCAGACUGUCCUUGUGAAGGUGUCCAGCGUGCCAUUGGACCAGCUUGAUCCGUUGGUGAAGAUUUGGGCCAACGAGGUCAGAGAGCUAUCUUAUGCCAUCGAAGAUAGCCUAGACUCCUUCAUGGUGUGGUUCGAGGGUCUUGAGCCAACUAAACCCCGCGUCAGCUUCGUGGGCUUCAUCAAGUGUACACGCAACAAGAUCACUGAGUUCAAGAUUCGCCACAAAAUAGCCAAUGACAUAAGAGACAUCGAGAGCAAUGUUAGGAAGGUGAAGGAAAGGUACGAUCGGUACAAGUUCCAUGAUAUUGCUUCUGAUCAUGCCACAACCACGGUCGUCGACCCCCGUCUCUCGGCUAUGUACAACAAGGCAUCUGAUCUUGUUGGCAUUGACAAGCCAAUUGAUGAGCUAAUGAAGAGGUUGUUUGAGGGAAGUGAUGUGCCUGAGAGAAAGCUCAAGACUGUCUCCAUUGUUGGAUUCGGUGGGUUGGGCAAGACAACUCUCGCCAAAGCUCUGUAUGACAAGCUUAACAAAAAAUUCGACUGUGGAGUUUUUGUUCCAGUGGGACAGAAUCCUGACAUGAAAAAAGUUUUGGGGGACAUCCUUCAUGAACUUGGCCUGCAAACUUACAAUGUUUCAUCGGCGAUGGAUGUAAGGCAGCUCAUCAACCAGGUGCAAAAAUUCCUUGCAGAUAAGAGGUACUUGAUAGUCAUUGAUGACAUAUGGGAUGUACAAACAUGGGGAACAAUUAAAUAUGCUUUGGUGGACAGUAACCUUGAAAGUAGAGUAAUCACAACUACUCGGAUUUAUGAAGUUGCCAAGAAGGCUGGUGCUGUUUACAACAUGAAACCGUUGUCUGAUGAUGACUCCAAAAAGUUAUUCUCUUUCAGAAUAUUUGGUGAUCAAGGUACAAGUCACAACAAUCAGUUUACUCACGUAUCUGAUAAAAUUUUAAGAAAAUGUGGCGGUGUGCCGUUAGCUGUCAUCACAAUAGCUAGCUUGCUUGUUGGUAAACGCAGGGAGGACUGGUCUAAGGUUUAUGAGUCUAUUGGUUUUGGGAGUGAAGAAAAUGAAGUUAUACAGAAUACAAGAAAGAUAUUAUCUUUUAGCUAUUAUGAUUUGCCUUCUCGUUUAAAGACUUGUUUAUCGUAUCUAAGUAUGCUUCCAGAAGAUAUCUGGAUCAACAAAAAUACUUUGAUAUGGAGGUGGGUGGCCGAAGGUUUUGUCCCAGAUAAACAAGAGAUAGGGUUGUUUGAGCAGGGAGAGAGAUAUUUCAACGAUCUUAUAAAUAGGAGCAUGAUCCGUUGGAUAGAGCCAUGCCAUAGAGUAAAUGUAGUCCGUUGUCGUGUUCAUGAUAUGGUCCUUGAUCUCAUCCGCACCUUGUCGAGUGAAGUAAACUUUAUCACAAUACAUGAUGCGGAGCAUCACAAGACAUGUUUGUCAAGCAAUAGUGUCCGGAGAUUAGCUCUCCACAAAGGAGUUAUCGGGCACAUCCCAAAGAUGGAAAUGGGACAUAUGCGGUCAUUUAAUGCUAGCAUGUGUCGUGACAGUAGGAUGCCCCCGCUCUCGAGGUUUAAAGUAUUGCGUGUACUCAUUCUAACAGAAUGUGAUUUUUCUGGAGGAGUUUCUCGUCUUGAGCAUGUCGGGAAGUUGGUUCAGCUGAGGUACUUAGGGUUGUUUGGCACACCUAUUGCUGAGCUCCCGGGAGAAAUAGGACAUAAUCUAAAGUUCUUGCAGGCAUUGGAUGUCAGGGAAACUGGGCUAGAAGAACUGCCACCGUCAGUUAGUGAGCUCAGGAAUUUGUUGUCUUUGCGUGCUUCUGAAGGAACACGAAUGUUGGGGGAGGUUGGCAAGCUAACCUCCCUAGAAGAGCUCCGGCUAUUCUCAGUGGACAAGUCCCCAAACUUCUUCAUAGAGAUGGGGAAGCUAACAGAGUUGAGAGUGCUGGAGAUCCACUUCGAUGAAAUGAACCAGAGCAUGCACAAGGCUCUUGUUUGCGCCCUGAGUAACCUCCAUAAAAUUCAGACUCUAGAGAUGUACUGUGACUCAAUGGACAUAGAGAAGUGGCCUCGCCAUGGCGGCUGGGAAGACUGGACGCCAGAACCUUACAAGCUCCGUGAGCUCACCUUGUCUGGCAUGCUAUUACCGAGGCGGCUGUCGUGGUUGGACUCAUCAUGUGUCUCCCACCUCUCGUACCUCUUGUUCGCAGCUCAGGCUGUGGAGGAACGGGAUCUGCGAAUUCUCGGGAGUCUGCCAUCGCUUCGCUUCCUCUGCAUCUCGAGUGUGGACAACUGCACACCAUACACUGUUCUUACAAGCGAUGAGUUCCAGAGCUUGAGAUACUUGAUCACCAAUAUAGAGAUCAAGUGUGUGGAGGGUGCACUGCCGAUGCUUCAUCAAUUGGUAUGCAGUGCCAGCAUUGGAACGGAAGAUGUCGGCUUGGUUCCAGGGAGCAUGCCAUUGCUGGAGAAAGCCACCUAUUGGCUAAACUGUAAGAAUCACAAUGGUGAGAAGGUGGAGGAAAUGGAGGCAGCUAUGAGGCACGCCGCCGGCGUCCACCCCAACAGUCCCUCGCUAGCAAUUCGAAGAUACAAUGACCAGGAGGCUUCAAGCAAAACAAACCAAGAACAAGUGUGCCGAAGGAUGAUUAUUCAAUCAUUCAAGCGCGUGUUACAUGAUGGCAAAGAUGUUUUGGGCAACGACGAAGAGCCGGAUGACGGUGGCGCUCAAAAGAUAAUGCACACCAGAGAGGAGACAACAGCGAACAAAGCUUAAAUAAUGUUGUGCCAUUACGGAGCUCCGGGAGACAAGACCACAACUUGACUACGGUGAUCGCCUCCACCUCUGCCAUGUGGUGGAGGGGUUUCAGCUACACGUCUGUGUCCUCGUGGUCGCCUUGGCCUGGUCGGGGUCGGUGACAAUGCGGAGAUCGUCAUUUUGGAACAGUGGAGCGGAGAAGGGUUUUCUGGACGCAGAAAACAAAACAAUCUGGCAGAGCAAAGCUAAUCCAUGCCCAGUAGAUUUUUAUUAAUGUAAAGAGUAGACGAUAAAGAUGAUGUCGUUUUUUUUGCUUUGCACAUACUGUAUUAGUGCAGCCCAAUCUGUGACAAGAUGUAGAAAGAUGAAGUCUU